AUGUCGCUCGAGGAGAGACUGACCAAGAUCCGGGACAGCCCGAAGCUGCAGGGCCAGCAGCACACGCAUGUGCUGCUCUCGGCCAUUGAAGACACGCUCCGCCAGCAGAAGUCAGAGUUCACCCCGACGGCCUACUUUGCCGCGCUGUUGUCGCUGCUGGGCCGCCAGAUUACCGAGCAGGGCAUCGCCAACAAGGACACGGCGACGGCCACCAUCUACCUCCUCGACCUCGUCACCCCCAACGUCCCCGCCCCGCUGCUGCGAAGCAAGUUCACCGACAUCCUCACCAACCUCGCCCCCGCCCUCACAGCCCAGGACGCCGAUGCGCCGCUGAUCCGGUCUUCGAUAGGAUGUCUCGAGUCGUUGCUGGUCGUGCAGGAUGCGCGCGCCUGGGAGCUGCCGCAGACGACCAUCAGCCCGCGCAGAGCGGUCGCGGGUCUGCUGCAGAUCUCCGUCGACCACAGGCCGAAAGUGCGGAAGAGGGCGCAAGAAGCAUUGAAGAAGGUGCUGGCGAACCCGCCGCCGAGCCCUGCGCUGGACCACCCGGCAGCCGACAUGUGCGCUGAGACAGCCCAGAAGAUGCUCAAGGACAUCGCAGCAGAGGCAGCCGCCAAGGCGCGGAAACACAAGGGAAAGAAGGACGUGGACAACAAGGACCCCGAUCUGAUCCACGCGCUACAGCUCAUCAAGACGAUUGCGACUUCGUCUGGUGGCUGGCCGAGCAGCAAGAUCGACGUGCUGUGCGAGCUGUUGCUGAACAUCUCCAAGUCGACCAACGAGUUUUUGACCAUGGCCGCUUUCGAGAUUUUCGAGGUCAUCUUCGCCGGCAUGGCCGACGAACUGGCUUCUGCUAAGCUUCCCAGACUACUCGAGGUCAUCUCCGAACUACAGCCCUCCAAGAACGACUCGCAGCUACUUCCCCCGUGGAUAGCAGUCAUCUCGCGCGGAUACGAAGUCUCGGCGCAAAUUGAACCAGAGGAAACAUUCAUGAAGCUACCCGACCUAUUCACCAUGAUCGCCGAGUUCCUCACAUCCUCGUCGCACAACAUCCGCAUUUCCGCUUCCGAAUGCCUCAUCUCCUUCCUCGUAAACCUCGUCCCCGACAGCGUCGUCCUCGAGCCCUCCGUAUACGACGAGAAGACACUUGAGAAGGUGGCCAAGAUUGCGCAAGAUCUGUUGAGCGUCAAAUACCAGGCGGCAUGGAUGGAGGUCUUCAGCGUGCUAUCUGCCAUGUUUGAGACUCUCAGGUGGCGCUCAGACCCCAUUCUGAAGCCUGUGUUGAAGGUGGUUGGAGAUCUGAGGGGUAACGACAGCUUUGCAGGCAAGAAGGAGGCGGAUUCAGUCAUCUCAAGAGCCAUUAGCGCAAUGGGCCCUGAUGUUGUAUUGGACAUUCUUCCUUUGAACCUACCGCGUCCACCCCCAGGCCAAACCGGAAGAGUUUGGAUGCUGCCGCUUCUCCGCGAUUCAGUUCACAACACCAAGCUGGCCCAUUUCAGAACCGAGAUGGUGCCGUUGAGCGAGGAGUUGUACCAGAAGGUUAUUGAUCACGGCGAGAAAGAGAAGACAAUGGAGAUCAAAGUGUUCGAGACAGUUGUACAGCAGAUUUGGUCGAUUCUUCCCGGAUACUGCGACCUGCCUUUGGACCUAGUUGAGGCUUUCGACCAGAGCUUCUGCGAAAUGCUGGCAAACUUGCUCUACGGUCAGGCUGAUCUACGAACGGAUGUCUGCCGGGCUCUUCAGAACUUGGUUGAUAGUAACAAGGCGAUCGUGGAGUUGGAGUCUGACGAUGAUCUGCUCGCGCAAGCCCGGAUAUCCAAGGCCGAUGCAAAGAAGAACCUUGAGCAUCUAGCCGGUUUCGCCAGCAACAUGCUCGCAGUCUUGUUCAACGUCUACAGCCAGACUCUGCCACAGUAUCGCGGCACUAUCCUCCGGACCAUCAACGCUUACCUGAGCAUCAUACCCGAGCGCGAGCUCAUGGAGACCUUUGAGCGAGUUGCAUCUAACCUUGAGGCUUCUUUGCCCGAGCCUGGCUCGCAGACGCAGGCUGCUAAGCAGAAGCAGGAGACGGGCCCCAACAAGAUGCCGCCAAUGAGCCACACCCUGAUGGAUCUCAUAAUCACGAUCGCCCUGUACCUCCCACGCGAUAGUUACCGCUCACUGUUCCGCAUGGCCGAAAUCAUGAUCAACAGAGAGAACGAGCCCCAGCUGCAGAAGAAGGCAUACAAGCUCAUUCCUCGUCUUGCGGAGUCCGAGAUGGGCAAGGAAGCUUUGAAGGAGCGCAACGGUGAAUUGCAACAAUUGUUGCUAGGAAGCGCGGAGAAGGCUUCCGCUCCUGCGCGACGCGACAGACUCAACGCGCUGUACCAAGUUAUCGAAUCCCUCCCUCAGAGCGAUCUGCAUUUCAUCCCCGCCAUUCUCUCCGAGGUAGUCAUCUCUGCCAAAGAGACAAACGAGAAGGCGCGAGAGGCAGCCUACAAUCUGCUUGUCGCUAUGGGUGAGAAGAUGGCCGAAGGAGGUCAGGUUGUGCAAGCCAAGGUACCCAACAUGCCCGCCGAUGCGCCAACUGUUGAGGCCUCGCUUGAAGAGUACUUCACCAUGGUGUCGGCCGGUCUAGCUGCUACUACACCGCACAUGAUCUCUGCGUCUAUCACCGCCGUCACUCGCAUCCUCUACCAGUUCCACGCUCAGAUCUCUAAGGAGUCCAUUACCCACCUCUGCGACCUCAUGGACAUCUUCCUUCAAAACCCCAACCGCGAGAUCGUACGCAGUGUUCUCGGCUUCGUCAAGGUCGAGGUUAUCACGCUACCAGAAUCGCUUGUACGACCACGUCUCAACACCUUGCUGAAGAGCCUUAUGGUCUGGAGUCACGAACACAAGGCGCACUUCAAAGCCAAGGUCAAGCAUAUCGUCGAAAGAAUGGUCCGGAAGUUUGGCGUAGAAGAAGUCGAGCGUGCCACACCUGUCGAAGACCGCAAACUCAUCACCAACAUCCGUAAGACACGCGAACAGCGCAAGAAGAAGAAGCAACAAGCUACAGAGGAUGGUGAAGAGGUCACCGAAAAGCGAAAGGGCAAGUUUGAGAGCGAGUACGACCAGGCUGUUUACGGCAGUGAAAGCGAAGAGAGCGACGGCGACUCUGAGGACGAAUUCGUCAAGAGUCAGAGCAAGCAACAGCGGGGAGGCGCAAAGGGCGGCAACACAUACAUCAUCGAAGACGAGGAUGAGCCGCUUGAUCUCCUCUCUAAGAACGCUCUUGGUAACAUCUCCUCAACGAAACCCCUGCGCCAACGCAAACAGCCACAGAAGAUGAACGCCCGCACAAACGAGGACGGCAAGCUCAUCAUCGCCGACUCGGACGAGGAAGCCCCGGCAAAGGGCAAGAAGUCCAAGAAGCACGAAGUACCCGACGAAGACGUCCUCAUGGACAUCGACGACCAAAACACAUCUCUCGAAGCCGGCAUCAACGCCUACGUAGACGCCAUCCGCGGCCGCGACACCGCCCAGCAAGGUCAGAAAGGCCGUCUCAAGUUCAGCAACAAGCGCACACACGAAGACGACGAAAUGGACAUGGAUGACGACGGCGGCGAAGCUGAUUGGCAAGAAGUGCGAAAGGCGAAAUCCGGCUCUGGAAUGGGUAGGGGUGGUGUGAAGAGCAGCGGCGCUGGCCAAAAGAGUCAGCGGCGUGGCCUAGGACAGGAACGCACAAGGGGCGGCAAUGUCAGCGGUGGAGAAGGCAGGGGAGGCAAGGGAAGAGUCGAAAAGAUGAGGAGUCCACGUGGUAGAGGCGGUGCUCGUGGUGGUGGUGGGUUUAGAGGGAGGGGCAACGGGCCCAGUGGGAAGUGGAGUGGGCCGAAGUAG